AUCCCGCAUAGUAGGUGGUGGGAUGCACAUUCAAUUGUGUGAUCGCCAAUAUUCCAUAGAAGAAGAAAAGAACAACCCUACGUAGCUCUCGCGUGAUUUCAUGUUUGCUGAAUCGUCCAAUCAGUGAGCUACGUGUAUCCUCCGGGUUCAGAGUGUAAAGGUUGGAUGAAGAUGGCAGCCGGCAAGCUGAGGUGUUGGCAUUAAGCUAAAUGACUCACAGGAGUAGAUUAGUGUGUAUCCAUCAUAACUAGACUUGAAAUGCAAAGCUCGAUACAUACCUGAUCAUUAUAACAUUUCGUCAAGAAGGGCGGCAUAAUGGCAAUCGUUUACGAGUUCGUGUGGCGGGUUCUGCAUGUCCUUCUCCACAUUCAUAGAACGCUUAUCACUUGGUUCCGAAUCCGUCUUCGGAAUUGGAAUGGGCAACUGUGGUCACGAGCCUUAACAGCGCUUCUUGUGCCGAUAGCUCUCUCGUUUCCUAACCAAAAAAAGCUAGUUCUAGCACCCGGUAAACGCGUUGGUCGUCGGUAUCGAUGGGGGGCGGAUGGGAAAUCUCUGGAGAAGCUGCCUGACCAUAUCGGCUUGUUGAUAGCGGAAGAGGAGCCACGGUACACAGAUAUCGCCAACCUUGUCGUGUGGUGCAUGGCAGUCGGCAUAUCUUAUGUCAGUGUGUACGAUAAUUACGGUGUCUUCAGGAGGAACAACUCCAGGCUGAUGGAUGAGAUCCUGAAGCAGCAGCAGGAGCUCCUAGGUCUAGAAGGCUCCAAGCAGCUCUCUGUGGAGUUCCUUAACAAUGGCACUGAUAAACAGGACCAUCAAGUGGUGUUGUGUCAGUCUCUGUUGAAGGUGCUGUCUCCAGACGAUGGGAAGCUGAGGAUCGUGCAGGCAGCACAGCAGCUGUGUAGAGCUGUGGAGCAGAGGGAGAAGACAUCCAAAGACAUCAACGUCACUGUGUUGGACUCCUUACUCAGAGAAUCGAAGAGUACACCAGAUCCAGACCUGGUUCUGAAGUUCGGCCCAGUAGAAAGCACCCUGGGGUUCCUGCCCUGGCACAUCAGACUGACAGAGUUCAUCUCCUUACCCUCCCAUGUGGACGUCUCCUAUGAGGACUUAUUCAGCGCCUUGCAGCGCUACGCCUCCUGUGAGCAGCGGCUGGGGAAGUGAGUGAUUGGCCCCGCCCCCUCCAGAGGAAGGGGAACGACAAGGGUGUGGGGUGGGGGUCCGCCCUAGCCACUCUUCCUCCCGGGUCUCUAUGUUUACAGUACAGGCACUAGAGAACAAGCAGACAGCGUACCGCCACAUCACAUCGAAUCUCACCUCCACCCCCACCCACUCGGACUCACUGCUCCUCCGCAACGUGAAAGGCUCGCCAGGCUGCCUCUGUGAGGCAUGCUGGAUAGUAUGGGCCCUGCCAAGGUAGCGGCACGCACUGAACAUCUGCAGGCUUGGAGGAGAUCCGCCAAUACCCCCGUGUCAGCCGGAUUAACAAGGAACCAACAUCACCUGAAGGACAUUGUUAGCAGUAUGGUGUAAAUCUAGUGUUGCUUUGCUUCUCUUUCUCUCUCGCUCUCUCUGUUUGCUGUAGAUCCUGCUGUGCCCCUGAGGUAUGAAUGAGGAUGAUGGAUAAAGCUUUCUGCUGCUCUGGAAGGGAGUGGUGUAUUGGUGUGUUGGGAGGGAUGUGUGAGGCAGAAUGUUUAAUGCUGAACAACAACAUUGCGCUUCAGGUCUCUCUAUCUCAAUGAAGGACUGCAUGGAGGACCUCCUUGUUUUUAUUUCUGGAAAUAUAAUAAUAUGCCAUUUAGCAGACGCUUUUAUCCAAAGCGACUUACAGUCAUGUGUGCAUACAUUUUUACGUA